AUGAUGAUAUUUUGCUCAAAUUUGUAUCAACUGACUAAAUCAACUUUAAAUGCGGAUCAUUUUUCCUUAAUUCUAUACACAGGCUGUAUGUUAACGCAGAUAUUUAUUUAUUGCUGGUUUGGAAACAAAGUCAAAUUAAAGAGUCUUCAAUUAGUAGAUAAUAUUUUUCAAAUGGAGUGGUCAAUCAUGGACAAUAGUGUAAAAAAGAGCUUAUUAAUAAUUAUGAAACGUGCAAUGAUACCUAUUGAAAUUUCUACUGUAUAUAUCCUGACCAUGAAUCUGGAUUCUUUUGUAACGUUGCUUAAAACCUCAUACUCCGUUUAUAAUUUACUAACGCAAGUGUCUAACACAUUACGUUACUCAGUUUUGAUUGCGUCAUCAUGGACAUUCAUGAGUUUGAUGUCGUUGCUUACAGACUUUAAACACAGAAAGUUAACAUACAGAGAAUGGGUACCGUACGAUUAUUCCUCUUACAUGAUGUUUUGCAUUACGUAUGCUCACCAAAUUCUGAGCACGUUUUAUUGUGCUAGCGUGAAUGUCGCCUGCGAUACUCUCAUAUGUGGUUUCUUAAUGCAUGUAUAUUGUCAAAUUGAAAUCUUGGAAUAUCGCUUGAAGAAGAUUUUAAAUGAUCAAAGCAUUUUGGACUACUGCGUACGCCAUCAUAACAGUAUAUUUCAAUUUGCGUGUUCCGUAAAUGCAAAAUUCUCGCAAAUAAUCGGAUUACAGUUUAUAAUAAGCACAUUGAUAAUAUGCUCUAAUUUGUAUCAACUAAGCCAAUCGUCAUUGAACGCAGAUAGUAUUGGAUUAAUUGGAUUCACAUGCUGCAUGUUAACAGAAAUAUUUCUUUAUUGUUGGUUUGGACACAAAAUAAAAUCAAAGAGCGUUCAAGUGGCAGAUAGCAUUUUCCAAAUAAAGUGGCCAUUGCUGAAUAAUAACGUCAAAACUAAUCUCCUAAUAAUUAUGAAACGCGCUACAGUACCUAUCGAAUUUACUACUGCGCAUAUCAUUAGUUUGAAUUUGGACUCUUUUGUGGCGCUGCUCAAAACAUCGUACUCCGCUUACAGUUUGUUAGUACAAGUACAGGAAAAAUAA